CAGGUCUCAAUAAUAACAGCGGAAGUGGGGAAUAAGUUAAUGCUCGAGAUUUGUGCUAUAUCUCAUUUAAAAGCUGCACAUCACUAAUGCCUGGUCCAUGCUGUGACAGAUUUAAACUUCACAUUCCAUAUGCUGGAGAGACUCUCAAAUGGGACAUUAUCUUCAAUGCCAUAGACCCAGAACUGCCCCCUGACUUUAUCUUCGGAGAGGAUGCUGACUUCCUUCCUGAACCAUCAGAACUCGCGCACUUGGUGUCGUGGGACGCGGGUAAACCGGAGUGUCUCCUGCAGCUGGUGAAAGAGCUGUUGCAGCAGUAUCAUCUGUACCAGUGCCAGCGGCUUCGUGACAGUUCCCGCCUGCUCUUUGAAUAUGGCAGCCUGCUGGAAGACCCCAACUAUGGGCACAGUAUGGAGAUCUACGCUGGCCGCAAGAACAGCUGGACAGGGGAGUUUUCUGCUCGAUUCCUUCUCAAACUCCCUGUGGAUUUUAGCAACAUUCCCGUCUAUCUUCUCAAGGACACAGCACUGGAUCCAGGAGAAGAUGUGGCGCUUCUGUCUGUUAGCUUCGAAGAUGCUGAAGCCACACAGGUCUUUCCAAAACUCUACCUGUCACCCAGCAUUGAGCAUGCACUUGGAGGAUCUUCGGCAUUACAUAUCCCAGCAUUCCCCAGUGGAGGCUGCCUCAUUGACUAUGUGCCUCAAGUGUGCCAAUUACUCACAAACAAGGUUCAGUAUGUCAUUCAAGGAUAUCACAAGAGGAGAGAAUACAUUGCUGCUUUUCUCAGUCACUUUGGAAUGGGUGUGGUAGAGUAUGAUGCUGUUGGGUUUACCAAGCUCACCCUUCUGCUCAUGUGGAAAGACUUCUGCUUCCUGGUCCAUGUGGACCUGCCUUUAUACUUCCCUCGAGAUCAACCUACCCUCACGUUUCAGUCUAUCUAUCACUUCACCAGCAGUGGGCAGCUCUACUCUCAGGUGCAGAAAUCUUACCCCUACAGUCCACGCUGGGACGGCAACGAGAUGGCCAAGCGAGCCAAGGCUUACUUCAAAAGCUUUAUCCCUCAGUUCCAGGAGGGGGCUUUUGCCACCGGAAAACUGUAGAUGUACUGUGUGAAUUAGGAGCUCUCUGAUUUGAAUGGAGAGUCUAUAAACAUGAUGUACAGGAGACAGCAUGUGCUCAGAGUCAAGCAGGAGUCUGUAAAAGAAACCUGUGAUUCGCAAGUCUGCCAACUAGUACUCUUCAAUGUUGCAGCCCUCAUAAGCAAUGUCAUUUGGUUCAUUUAAAAGUACUGUGUGUAUU